AUGCGCGAUCUACCCAUCGAAAUCAUCAACACUGUCGUCCAGAAUGUUUCCUCCGUGACUGAUCUUCUCCAGUUGCGCUCUUUAAACAAAGCGUACCGAGAGCUCGUCACACCCAUCGCAUUCAGCAAACUUCACGUGAAAAACAGCAUCCAGAGCGCACAAAACUUCCAGCAGAUCAUUGCUGCCGCCAACCUUGCUCCCUAUGUUCGGGAAGUCGUCUACGAUUUUCGCGACGAUGAAUUUUUUCAAUUUCCCCCAGAAAAUAUUGAAAUCGAGGACAUGUUGGAAGUCGCUGACCUCGAGGAAGCCUUGACCGAGGUUUUCUGCGCACUCGAUAGACUCCCCAGACUUGAAUGCGUCGCCGCGAAUUUUUGGCCAACAUUCAUCUCCCAGUCUGGGAAGGAAAUCCGCGAGAGCCCAUUCUGGUUUACGAGUCGGCAGCUCACGGUUAUUCAUUCCAUAUACCACGCCAUGAAAACGUCUCGUAUGACAUCCCUCUCUCUCAACAAUGUAGUCAUGAUGCCUGUUUCAUGCUAUGACUUUGUCUCUACCCUCACAAACUCGCCCCUGUCCCAUCUUUCGCUCUCUGUCGUGCCAAACGCCGAUAUCAGUGCCUGGUCGGGAUCCAAGGAGAUUAAUGGAUCACUUGGCGCACUCCUGCCCAUUUCCAAUCCCACACUCAAAUCACUCGAGCUACGUAGCCCCCAGGGCCCCUACCACAGCCUGGAAACCAAGCUUUCAUCAUUCCAUUACCCAUCACUCGAAUCGCUCGUGCUCGAAAAUACCGUCUUUGAUCAGAUGCCCUCUCCUGAUGGUGUCGAAGAGUUUAUCAUCCGCCAAAAGAGUCGCUUGCAUCAUCUGGAGCUGCAAUCAUGCGCAAGCUAUGUCGCAAACCCGUCAGUCGAUGCCAGGCUGUGGUCAAGCAUCUGGCAACGAUGCGCGGCUGAGCUCACCAGUUUGAGAGAGCUUGUGGUGGACGGCGACAGUGGAUAUGUCGUACUCGAUGCUGAGUGGGGCUACGUCACUUAUAAGCCGAUCAGCACAACAGUAGCUGAGGGCGACUCGUCGAGCUUGCAGAUGUUCCAGGAUGCCAUAGUAUCCGCUUGUAAGGUUGUGGCAUGA